AUGGAGAGACCAAUAAACGGUAAUAAUUCAUUACCAGUGAAGCUCCAACCUUCAAAUUUAAGACCCAUUGCUUAUCGAAUCCUAUCAAAAAAGCAUGGUUUAAACAUCAAAACAGAUGCAUUGAGUUUGUUAACAGAAGUUGUUAGUUAUAAAUAUGGAUUUGAUUGGAAGGGGUUCCAGUCUCAACAGUUCAUUGAAGAGAUAGGAAAGAUAUGGAAACUUGAAGAUCGUGGAAUUUUUAUAGAUGGACCUGGAUUAAAACAAGUUGUUCGAGAAAUCAAUAACAAAGGUGAAAGUACAAUCAGCAGAUCAUCAAGUACUGAAGCUGUUGAUGCAACUAAAGCUGGUAGAACUGAUACGAUAGUGGAUACAGAACAAGAGGAACAAUCAUUGAAUUGGCAAGAAUAUUUUAAAAUCAUAAAUCCCAACGAGCAAACGCCUUGUAAGUUUGAUAAACAAAGAAAACAGUUCAGUUUAAUUCAUGGAAGACAUGACAAGAAAGCAUUAUCAGAUACCCUUUCCAACUAUUUACAAAGUUCAGUGGAGUUAUUUAACAAUCGAUAUAAUUUACUAUACGAUCGAUUAUCUAGAAAUGAAAGUUUUCAAAAGACAUCUUAUACAAGUAUAUCAUCCAUCAGUAAGACAAUGAGUAAUCUCACAAGUGAAAUCACUUUGAUUAAGAAUGUAUUAGGUAGAGAUGGUUCAAAGUUUAUCUUGUUUGGAUUAUUGAAUAAAGGAACCAAUGAUGAAUAUAUAUUAGAAGAUUCCACCGAUUACAUAGAGUUAAACUUAUCACAAACUUAUAAAGCUGAAGGUUCAUUUUAUUGUCCAGGAAUGUUUGUCAUUGUUGAAGGUAUCUAUUCUGCAUCGGGAGGACUUUCAAACACUCGAAGUGAUUAUAUCGGUGGUUGUUUCCAUGUUAGUCAUAUUGGACAUCCACCUGCUGAGAGAAGAGAAAUAAGUAAUGAAAAUUAUGGUCAUGUCGAUUUUCUUGGAAUUCAUAAACAAACUGGUGAUAAGGUGUUGAAGAUUAAUAAAGUAUUAAGAAAGAAAUUAGUAUCAUUGGAAAAGUCAUUACAUGGUCAUAAAAUUCUCAUGUUAGGUUCAGAAUGUAAUUUGGAUAAUUUUAAGAUUCUAGAUGGAUUAAAGAAAUUCUUUCAUAGAUUGGAGAAUUCUAUUAUCGAAUCAAAUAAUGAAGAUGUACCAUUAGCACUUAUACUUACCGGAUCUUUCCUGUCAAAACCACUUACAUCAACCUCAUCUACUCUUGCAUCGGUAUCUAAUUCUGAAUUAUAUAAGGGUUACUUUGAUGAUUUGUCAGUGAUAAUAAGUCAAUUCCCAAAUGUGGUAGAAAAAGUCAAAUUUGUAUUAAUACCAGGAAAGAAUGAUCCAUGGCAAUCAUCCUACUCUUUAGGUGGAUCCAAUUUGAAUUAUUUGCCUCAAAGCUCUUUACCAAGAUUAUUUGUCAAUAGAUUAGAAAGAUUAUUACCCAGAGGGAAUUUAAUACUAGGAUGGAAUCCACUUAGAAUCAAUUACUUAUCACAAGAGCUUGUUAUCUUAAAAGAUGAAUUAAUCAGUAAAUUCAAAAGAAAUGAUAUUAUCUUUGAAAAUGACUUGGAAAUAGAGAAAGAAUUAGUAAGAUUAGAUCAAUCACCAGAAAGAAUAAAUCAUAUUAUCCUGCAAGAACAACAAGAACACGUAUCACCUAAAAUCAAACAAGCUAGAAAGCUAGUUAAAACAUUACUUGACCAAGGACAUUUACAACCAUUCUUAAAAGAUUUGAAAUUAGUCAAUCCCGAUUAUGAUUACGCUUUAAGAAUAGAACCAUUGCCAACUAUAUUAAUCUUGAAUGAUGUUAAUUUUGAAAAUUUCGAAGUUACUUAUAAUGGAUGUAAAGUUAUUAACAUAGCUAGACUAUUAAGUCCUAGCAGUAGGAAGAUCAACUUUGUUGAAUACACUCCAAGUCAUAAAAGAUUCGAUUUUAAAGAGUUAUACUUCUAA